CACUCCUCUGGGUGCUGGCAUGGUCAGAGCAAGCCUGCCUCACUCCUGCUGCGCCAAGCCCCAGCUUUGCCAGUGAGCAGGGCCAUAUCCAGCACCUUCCAGCUGGGCUCUGCAGGAUGGGGACAUCCAACUUGUGGCAACUGGUUCAGGGUGGGUUUGGGUUUUCUCUUGGCUGUGGAGAAAAGGUUGUGGGUCCCCACAAGCAGGCACGAACCUGCAGGGUCACUGGUGUUGGGCCAGCCUGGGGACCUGCCAGCCCGGGGACCUGCCAGCCCAGCCAUCGCUGGUGUGGUGGGACUCAGAUGGGAUUUAGCCCAGCACUAAAUUUCAGGCAGGUCCCAUUUGGCCAGGACCUAUGGUCUCUUUAACCCCCAGGUUAAUAAAUUGUUCCUGCAAAGGGUAAUCUGCACUCAAACUAGAUUAAAAUAGCCUUUUUUUAAUAAAAAGAGGUCUAAUCUGCAUCCAGUCCUUGUGUGAAGGGCUAUCCCAGGAGGAUAAAUGUCCCCUCGGCAAAUAAGGAAUGCCAGGAUGGACAGGGCCUUGGGUGACACAGUCUAGUGUGAGGUGUCUCUGCCCAUGGCAGGGGGGUUGGAAGUAGAUGAUCUUAAGGUCCUUUCCAACCCAAAUAAUUCUGUGAUUCUAUGACGCCCAUGUCCCCGCCAGCCCCAUCCCACGCUGCCCUAGAGGCAGCAGGUGCAAGCUGGCUCCCGUUGCCCACACUUCGUGUGUCACGCAUGUCCUCAAGAUGCGCUUUGCUGUAGAGAUCUGUCACAAUAAAUACGCUGUAAAUCUUGGGCGAUUAUCUGCUAUUAUCUCUCCCAAGCCAGAAGGCAGGAAAACUGAGUGUUGCAACGUGCUAUUAUUUUGUUUCAUGACGGGGUUGCACAAUGCCUUGCUUUCAAAGCCAUCCAAGGGUGGGCGGCCCAGCCGGAGCCUUUCUGCCCGUCCAUGGAGCCAGAUGGCGCCAGCCCCAAGCAGAGCCCUGGGAGGUUCGUGCAGGUCCUGGGCCCAUUUCAUGUGGUGGGCUCCAGGGAUGCGGCAUGCUAUGGCUCUGGGGGAGGUGGUGGCAGAGGGGAUGGACACUGGGACCCCUUUGACCACCUUCACAGAUGUGAGGCUUGGGGCUCUGCUCCUCCUCCGAAGCUGAGGUGGGGACACUCAUGCUAGGGAAGCCCUCCCAUCCUCGGCUGGCCACCCCAAGCAGGACUGGCAUUCCUGCGCGGCUCAGCUGCCUCAGCGUGACGAGGCCUGUCCCUGUCUCUGCAGGACUGCCAACAUGCCAGCCUCCCCCAGCCCAGCGCUGCUGCUGCCGCUGCUGUGCGUCCUGCAGGCUGCGAGAGCCCAGGUCAACCCAGCGGUGUGCCGGUACCCCUUGGGAAUGUCAGGUGGGCACAUCCCCGAUGAGGACAUCUCAGCAUCCAGCCAGUGGUCUGAGUCCACAGCUGCCAAGUAUGGACGGCUGGACUCAGAGGAUGGUGAUGGAGCCUGGUGCCCCGAGAUCCCGGUGGAGCCUGAUGACCUGAAGGAGUUCCUGCAGAUCGACCUGCGUGCCCUGCACUUCAUCACGCUGGUGGGCACCCAGGGGCGCCAUGCUGGGGGCCAUGGCAAUGAGUUUGCCCCCAUGUAUAAGAUCAACUACAGCCGGGAUGGCACCCGCUGGAUCUCCUGGAGGAACCGGCAUGGGAAGCAGGUGCUGGAUGGAAACUCCAACCCCUACGACAUCGUCCUCAAGGACCUGGAGCCACCCCUUAUCGCCCGCUUCGUCCGCUUCAUCCCUGUCACUGACCACUCCAUGAAUGUCUGCCUGCGUGUGGAGGUGUACGGCUGCGUCUGGCUGGAUGGGCUGGUGUCCUACAACGCGCCGGCUGGGCAGCAGUUCAUCCUUCCCGGGGGCACUGUCAUCUACCUCAAUGACUCAGUGUACGAUGGGGCAUUCGGGUACAGCAUGACGGAGGGCCUGGGCCAGCUGACAGACGGGGUAUCGGGGCUGGACGACUUCACACAGACCCAUGAGUACCACGUCUGGCCGGGCUAUGACUAUGUUGGCUGGCGCAAUGAAAGCACGGCCGGCGGCUACGUGGAGAUCACCUUCGAGUUCGACCGCAUCAGGAACUUCACUGCCAUGAAGGUCCAUUGCAACAACAUGUUCGCCAAAGGAGUGAAGAUCUUCAAGGAGGUGCAGUGCUACUUUCGUGCCGAUGCCAGUGAGUGGGAGCCCAGUGCUGUCUCCUCAGUGCUGGUGCUGGAUGACGUGAACCCCAGCGCCCGCUUCGUCACCGUGCCUCUGCUCCACCGCAUGGCCAGCGCCAUCAAGUGCCAGUACUACUUUGCCGACGCCUGGAUGAUGUUCAGCGAGAUCACCUUCCAGUCGGAUGCAGCCAUGUACAACAACUCGGUGGUCCCUCCUGAGAUGCCCAUGGUCCCCACCACUUAUGACCCCACACUCAAGGUAGACGACAGCAACACACGCAUCCUGAUUGGGUGCCUGGUGGCAAUCAUCUUCAUCCUGGUGGCCAUCAUUGUCAUCAUACUGUGGCGGCAGUUCUGGCAGAAGAUGCUGGAGAAGGCAUCACGGAGGAUGCUGGAUGACGAAAUGACCGUCAGCCUCUCCCUGCCCAGCGAAUCCAGCAUGUUCAACCACAACCGUUCCUCCUCCUCCAGCGAGCAGGAGUCCAGCUCCACCUACGACCGCAUAUUUCCCCUGGGACCCGACUACCAGGAGCCCUCCCGCCUGAUCCGCAAGCUGCCUGAGUUCACGCCGGGGGAGGAGGACACAGGCUGCAGCGCCUCUGUGAAGCCAUCUCAAGCCAGUGUCCCCGAGGGUGUCCCCCACUACGCCGAGGCUGACAUUGUGAACCUGCAAGGUGUGACAGGCGGCAACACCUACUCAGUGCCAGCCCUCACCAUGGACCUGCUCUCUGGUAAGGACGUGGCUGUUGAGGAGUUCCCCAGGAAGCUGCUGACCUUCAAGGAGAAGCUGGGGGAAGGCCAAUUUGGGGAGGUGCAUCUCUGUGAAGUGGAGGGGAUGGACAAAUUCACAGGCAAGGACUUUGCCCUGGAGGGCUUAGAUGCCAGCUCCAACCACCCUGUGCUGGUGGCUGUGAAGAUGCUGAGAGCAGAUGCCAACAAGAAUGCCAGGAAUGAUUUUCUGAAGGAAAUCAAGAUCAUGUCACGGCUGAAGGACCCCAACAUUAUCCGGCUGCUGGCAGUGUGCAUCACGGAUGACCCGCUGUGCAUGAUCACCGAGUACAUGGAGAAUGGAGACCUCAACCAGUUCCUGUCCCGCCAGCAAGGAGGCAGCACCCCCGCUGGCCAAGUGCCAAGCGUCAGCGACCUGCGGUUCAUGGCCACCCAGAUCGCCUCCGGCAUGAAGUACCUCUCCUCCCUGAACUUCGUGCACCGAGACCUGGCCACUCGCAACUGCCUGGUGGGGAAGCAGUACACCAUCAAGAUAGCCGACUUCGGCAUGAGCAGGAAUCUCUACAGCGGGGACUACUACCGCAUCCAGGGGCGGGCAGUGCUCCCCAUCCGCUGGAUGUCCUGGGAGAGCAUCCUGCUGGGCAAGUUCACGACGGCCAGUGAUGUGUGGGCAUUCGGCGUGACGCUGUGGGAGACCUUCACACUCUGCCGGGAGCAGCCCUACUCCCAGCUCUCCGAUGAGCAGGUCAUUGAGAACACCGGCGAGUUCUUCAGGGACCAGGGCAGGCAGACCUACCUUCCCCAACCUGCACUUUGCCCUGACUCAGUCUAUAAGCUAAUGCUGAGCUGCUGGAGACGGGACACUAAAGACCGUCCCUCCUUCCAGGACAUCCAUCGUCUCCUCCAAGAGUCAACCAGUGAAGAAUGACCCUUUGCUCCCUGCCAGCCCGGACCCCAUCCUGCCCCAUCCCCAGAGGAGCCCCAUAUGCAAACCGAAGCCACUUCACUCGGACUUCGCAAUAAAACCCGGGCAGCUGGUCUUGUUCUCAUUGUACAGUGAAGCCUCAGAGGAAAAUCCCAAGGGCAGCAAGGACAGCCACAGCGUGGGACAACUUGGACCUCCCACUAGCUUUCUGAGAUGAGCCUGGGAGAAACGUGGGCUAAGAUGAGGGUUAUUUAUUGACACAGCGUGUUCUUGGUGGCAGUGACCAGGACAGAGUGGCUUCUCUCCCUUGGUUGGAGGGGAGGAACAUCACCUGGACUUUCUUUGUGUGGAAGUUCCCGGCCCAUGCAUGGGGCAGGUGCCUGGAGAAGGGAUGCACACGGGUAUGUGCCUGCUGGAGCAGGGGUUGUCCGGAAGCUACUACCUGCUUGAGGAGGAGCAGGGACUGCCACUGGCUCACAGCAGGCUGUGCAAUUAUAGGGCAAAACCAAAUGUCUCUCUGGACAUUUUGGGCUUUGGACAUGCCAUAGAGGGGCAGGAAGCCCCAUCCCUGCCAGCCAGACCCCGGUUGCACAGAGAGAAGCCUGACAGCAGUCCCAGCUCCUUGCUGCCUGCCUGGCACGAGUCAAGCCGAGGGGACAUCCUCUUACCGACCUCUCACCUACUCCCAGCUGUUUGAUGAGGAGGUCAUCAAAAACACAGCACUCCAGAGCUGCUCAAUUGCCCAUGAAAUGCAUUUCGGAUGCCCUGCAGGAGCUGCGCAGCAGCUGGCAGCAGAAUGUUAGUACCUUUCACCUCCAAGGGGAAAUCUACUGGUCCUCCUCUCCCAGGGUUAACCCACGUCUUCACCUGCCAGGAGAGGAAUGCACAUAGCAGAGCUUCCGCUGAUGCCCAAGCCUGCAACAGCCCGUGUGCAUGGAGCCGUGGGCACCCCGUCCCUCCAUGGCUCUGGGCCCAGGGAUCACAGCUCAGCUGGAGCGCCAGGGCUGGACUCUGCUGCCCUGAGCAUCCCACAGCAGUCUGGCACCAGUCCAUCCUCCCGCAUCCGGCAGCUCCAUGAGUGAACUGGGCAGGUGCCAGAGCUGUGUGCCCUGCAGGAGCCCCAGCAGGUUACCUGCCGUGCUCCAGAAUUGGACCCUCCUGUGGCUGGACAGGAGGAACUUUGUACUUAGAGGGUACAUGGAUCCCUCCAUACUUUUGUAUGCAUUAGUUCAGCACCAUCAAGUCACGCGUGGCACAGUUUCCAGUAUACUAUUGCUAAGGCAUGUAUAUAUUCAGUAGAUGCACCUAUAUAUAGGGGCAAACCCGCUGAAGAGACACUUGCUACGUGAA